AUGAAUCAAAAAUUGAACGUUACCAGUGAUAGUACAAAAAUGGGAUUCUUUUCACCUGGUGGUAGCUGGAAAUAUUUGUCUGUUAAAGUAAGCACUAUGGAUGCUGACCUGGAGAAAAUUACCGUGGAGCCAGACUGUACAGGACGACAGCUGUUUGAUACGGUUUGCAGGAUUAUUGGUCUAAGGGAAAUUUGGUUUUUUGGUUUGCAGUUUGUGAAUAAAAAAGGGAUUCCGUGCUGGUUACAAAUGGAUAAGAAAAUAAGUAAACAGGAAGUGCCUAAACAAGAAGAUGGUUCGAUGCAUCUCAUAUUUCUUGUGAAGUUUUAUCCAGAAGAUGUCGAAGAAGAACUUAUACAAGAUAUAACGCGUCAUCUUUUCUUCCUUCAAAUCAAACAAAGUAUUCUAAGUAUGCAACUAUAUUGUUCUGCUGAAGCAUCUGUUCUUCUUGCAUCAUACGCUGUACAGGCAAUUCAAGGUGACUGUGUGGAAAGUUCGAAAUUGCAAUUAAGUGAGUUAUUGCCGGAAUGUGUAAUCAAACAGUACGAUAUGACACCACAGAUGUGGGAGGAACGUAUCAAACGGUGGUGGAUAAAUAAUAGUGGGCAAAGCAGGGAAGAUGCAGAAAUGGAAUAUCUGCGGGUUGCACAAGACUUAGAAAUGUAUGGAAUUCAGUACUAUCCUAUAUGUAAUAACAAAGAAACGGAUUUAACACUCGGUGUAUCUGCGCAAGGAAUUGGGAUUUACAAAGAAUCUAAUCGAAUUACACCACGGCCAUUCUUCUCCUGGAGCGAGAUUAAGAACAUUUCAUUCAAAAAUAAAUUUAAUAUGAGGACAAUGGACAAAAGUACGAUUACAUUUCGUGCAAAAGAUAUCUCUAUCAAUAUGAGCAUAUUGGAUUUAUGCGUUGGUACCCAUAAUUUAUACUUACGAAGACGUCAGCCAGAUUUGCUCGAAGUGCAGCAAAUGAAAGCUCAAGCUAAAGAGCAGAGAAUUAGACGAAUUCAAGAACAAAACCGUUUAUCUCGUGAACGAGAGCAGCGUAUACAAGCAGAAGCAGAGCGAGAUCGAUAUAAAAAUGAAAUAGCCGCAAUCAACGAACAACUACGCAACAUGAAGGCUAUGAAAAAAACCGAGGAAAAUGCGCAUUUAAUGGCAGAAAAAGCGCGAGUAUCUGAAGAAGAGGCUCUUGUAUUAUCAAAAAGAGCUAGCGAAGCUGAAGCAGAAUGUCAGCAAACAAAAAUGUCUCUGGAGCGAAAAGCACGUGAUGCUGAACUUUGGGCUUAUCGUCUAAUGCAUGAAACAGAUCGUCAUGGUUACGAUCCGUACUUAUGUCGUGCACAUUUAUAUGACUCAGAACCGAGUUGGCCACAGGAUUGGUUAUCAGCAUACGUACCUGUUCCCCAACGUUAUAUCAAUCAUCAUCGUUUAGUGUCAUCAUCAAGUAGUGGAGAUGGUGGUUAUAUGCAGUAUCUAGAUGAUGAUCCAAAUUUUACAGCUACUGUUGCACCCAUAAUUAAAACACAGCCAUCACUAUUUAUGAAGAAACAAGCAUUGCUGAAUUGUCCACCACCUGAUCCAUCUAGUAAUCAGAUGACACCAAACGAUCUUUUGUCUUUACGGACAGAAAUUGAAAAAUCCAGGUCUGAUUAUAAUGAGAAAAAAAAGAGUCUUCAAGAAAGGAUGACCGAAUUUCGGAACGAAAUUGAAAGUUUGAAAGUUGUAGAUCGUCAGUCGGAACAUGAUCGAAUCCAUGCAGCUAAUCUACAAAUGGGUAUUGAUAAGUAUUCCACGCUUAGAAAGAGUGGCGCUGGAGCAACGAAGACUCGAGUGCAAGUGUUUGAUGGUCUCUAA